UGUGAUUUCUCUCUGCCGUUUGGAACAUUUCUAGUAUGGUGUAAUACUGGCAAAUGCAUCCAAAAUAGAUUUUAGCUUUAGACGGCAUUGAAAUGCUGUGCACUCGUCAUACGAAGAUUUGUGGUGCCGCCAUAAAUGAUCGAAAACAAUUUGGUUGUGUUGUGGCAACAAUUGCAAGGCACUCUUGACAAAGUACCUGUUUUUGGUCAACAUCCUGUCUAUAGCCGAAAUAUUUCCAUAAUAGUCCAUGCGAUGUGACUAUUGCGGAUGCGUACAUCGCAAUAUUGAUGCCGAAACGAUAUAUCGUGAAGCCUUACUUGGAGCGACUGACUCAUAUGUAACCCCAUUAGAAUCGUGACAGUCUCUGGAACACGUGGAUGUGUUUAGUUUGGCUGCAAAGCCCCCAGAAGCCAUGCUAUCAACCAAAAGCUAAGCUUAGGAGUAAGUGGAAAAUAUCCCUCAUUGGGUGCACUUACAAUUGCAUCAGUUAGAGCUAUAAAAUAUGUGGUUUGGGUUUUUACACUAGGACACCCAAAGGCUGAGCUACAAUGGUAACGUUAAGCACAGUAUGCUGUGGGAAAAUGGACAAUGUGGGUAAACUUUCAUUUUUUCCCAAAACAGUCAAAUAAAAUAAGUGAGUACUUUCUUCCUUUCUUUUGAAUACAAAAUAGGCAAAGUAAAUAGGUUAGACUUAAUUUUUUUUCACAUUUUAUGGAAAGCGUUGUGCAUUUUGUGGAAUCUGCUUUUUGGCACAAUAACAUUAAAAUCACUUUCACUGUCAUAUCAAAUACGUUUGCAUAAUUUUGGGGAAAGCUAUAUAGGUCCUACAACGUUUCAAAAUACAAAAUCAUCUAUGCAAAUUCCAUUUUGCCCUCAUGGAAUUUAGUGCCUUGAACUUGUAUGUGUUGUUAUCCAAUGGAAUUGCAUUUCUCUCAUUUUGGCACAUUGGUGAAUUGUAGGUACAAUUUAUGGACAGCUUACCAUGUGUGCUUGUGCCUUUAGGUUUGGUUGCCUCAUGAGUUGUAGGCUUCUGUGAAAGGAACUAGUGAACUUUGGGUACCUCAGCGUGCUGUUUCUGCUGUGCUGAGUUAAGAGCCAAUAGGAUCUGACAUUUUCCUCUGAGAGCUGUGAAGAGCUGUUGUGUUCUGAACUGACACGGCAGCUUGUCUGAUGUGGGUGUUCACUGGGCUUGGAGAGGAAACAAGUGUUAUUCAGCUCUACAUCAUUAGCUCUUCUCAACAUAUCCAUGUGCCUUUGGAAAUGCGUUCCAGAUUCUGUUUGAGUUUGACUCAUCAUACGCAGAAGUGUUUAUGUAGAGGACAAUCUGUUGCAUGUCCAAGUUCCUUCUGAUUUGGCUAGCACUUUGGCAAUGUACUGGGUAAAACAACAGGCUAACCAUUGUCCCCCACCGUGCUACAUUAGCACAGCACUAACACUGCUGACAAAAGAUCACCAUACUGCUAUUUAACAUCAAUGCCAGGAUUUAAUGAACAAAUCAUGGCCCCAGAGUUGCAAAGUAAUGUACGGUAAUUCGCUGCCUUGUAAUGCAGCUUCAUUGUGGCCAGGUGUUUGAGUCUUGGUUGUCAGGACGUGGCAUUCAGACAGUUCUCUGUGGUCCAGCAGACGACACUUGUUGGCUCAGGACAGGUGGAUAAUGUACAGGGCUGGCUUGUCUCGCUUCACUGCAAUGACUUCUAUUGGUGGGUUGGGUAUACCCAUUAAACCCAUACCAAUUUUUCUUUUUGAAAUAUUGUUCCCUUUUUCUACCUUCCCCAAAUUCCGACGCAUCCAGUUUUGUUUCCAUCCCAACAAGUCCCACCAGAUUUGCAAGAUUGAGCAUCUGCAGCAGAGCCUCCUAUCUUUUCACAGUGGGUCAACAAGUGUGAGGGAACACUCACUCGCCUGAUGACCUCAUUUGGCGUUGCAGGUGCCCAAGCUGAGUGCUGAGAUUGUAUACCUUCUCACAUAGGCAGUCAGACUUAAUAUACAUUUAAGAGAUUGUGUUGAUAUACACUGCACAUAGACUUUUACCCUUCUGUGUUCGGAGUCUGAUGGUUUUCUGUUGUACCACAUCAUUGACUGUACCCACUGGGAAUCCCAGGUCCCUGGUUAGAGGGUUGAAAUAUAAAAAUUCACUCUAUGUCCAGAGUUGACUACCACUGUAUUAGGGUCAGGUGUUUGGGUGCCUUUUGUAAACAAUCAGGCCUGAUUUCUACACAUCUCCGGAACACCUCUGGAAAACAGUUUUUGAUACAUAUACGUCUGGUAAGGGUUACGUAAGCAUUCUAUGCCUCUGGAGCUCCACCACACCACAGUCAGAGCCAUCUUGUCCAGAUGGAGAAAGUUUGGGACUGUAGUGAAUCUUCCCAGGAGUGGCUGCUCUGCCAAUUCUUCUUCAAGAGCAAGGUGUAAAAUCUUCCAGACAACCCCAUGGAACUCUAGAACAUCUUGGGAUCUGCAGGCCUGUCUCACAUCAGCCAAGAACCCCACUGACGUAAUGCUUAAGAAGGAGCAGAAGGAUGUGGAGCUGGAUAAAAAGAUUGAAGCGCUUCGCAGGAAGAAUGAAGCCCUCAUGAAGAGGUACCAGGAGGUGGAGGAGGACAAAAAGAGAGCGGAGGAGGAGGGAAUGGCACUGCAGAGCUCAAAGGGCAAAGCUGGGGACUUAACCAUCACCUUCAACAAGUCUACCAGGGAGUCCCGUGUUGUGAUGACCAAACCAAGCGUGAGUGCUACUCCCACUCCAAAGGGGGUCCAGGGGCCUGGGGAGAAGAGUGUGGAGGGGAACCUGUUGAGUUUGGGAAGGGGUAGAAGGAAGCAGCUACUGGUCACCAUGGCAGGCAACACAAAGGGUAAGAGAGUGGUGAGUGAGCGGUUGGAUAGAAGGCCUGGUUCAUUGGAUGUGAAGAGCCCUAAAGAGGAUGACCAGUACCGUGUGGACUCCGCUGGCAGAGGAAAACACCCUCAACCAGCAAAGAGGGACACAGGAGCGCAGGAUGAAGUGAGGCAGGGGAAGGGUGUGACUGAGGACACUUUCUGGCUGUCAGAGUGUGAGCCUUCUUACCUGGAGCCAGGGGGGCCAGGUCUGGAGGGAGACACGGACCUUACCAUCCCCACGUCCAAAGAGGAGCAGCAGGAAUACCUGCGCUGGAAGAUGGAGCGUGAGGAGAUCGACCGUGAACGCGUGGCGCGCCACAAAAAUGCCAAGGGCCAGUGGAGGAGGGCAUGGGACAUGGACAAAACCCACAAUAUGUUUCCAGAGAAAUCUCCAGGGGACAGAGAACGGGGACCUACUGUCCGAGGAGGAAGACAAGCAAGGAGAGGUCACCCCAAAUUAAAUGCCGAUUCACGUGAUCUGCACCCGAGAGGCAAAGACAAGGAGGGUAAAGACGUGCCAGUGGUCAGCAGUAAAGCCAAGGGCAAAGAUAGACUUACUGGUAGGGCUAGGAGAUGGGAUGCCAACAAUGAUGGGGUGGAUUUGCAGGCCAAAACAAGUUUUGAGGAAUUCUUGGAGGAGCUUGAUGCUUUAGGAGAUACUGACAUCGAUGACACUACAAUAGAAACUUCCAAGGUCAAAGAUGGUGACCUCAAAAUGGACUCUUCAUCAACCCUGGAUAUAGUGAAGCCCAAAGAAGUGGAGAGUGGACAUGUCAACCCUGGCUGGGACCAGGCCAAGAGGGUUCUGGCCACAGCCGACAUCCCAGAAGAGGGAACAUCUAAACCGAGGAAGGCUGAGGGCUCAUCCCCUCGAACAACCGAUAAAAAGGUUCGCUUCUCAGAGCUCAUCAAGGGGCCCGGGACCAGUGAAAAGCCCAGUACUGGAGCCCAGAACACUGCAUGCUCAGAAACCAAGGGAGCCUGUGUGUUAAAAGUUGCCUCCCCCAGCAAAAACAGCUAUACCGCAAUGGAACUGGAGGAGUACCUCCCAGACCAUCAGGUUGAUGACAGUAAUGUCCUGGCAGCGGCACACAGCUCCCCUGACGGACAGAGAGGUAGGACGGAGGGCCCUUUCGUACUUGAUGCCUCCAAAUCAGAGUGUGCUAAAGGUGGCCAUAACCGUGUCCUCGUUGAGGUCAAAGACCCUGCGCCCCUUCCUUUAGAGCAUGCCCAGAGCAGUAGCAACAGAAACGCAGAGAAGCUGAUUGACUCCAACCUGUCUCUUCUGAGCCUGGAGUCAAGAGAUACACAGCCAACCCACAGCACCAGCACUGACAAGCUAAUUAUUGGAUUACAUGAAGGUAUCUCUCCUGGUUCUGGGUUGGGCAGCUCUGCUGUACAUUGAUGGAUGGAUGGAAAAAGAUGAUUGCAUGACUCGUCUGCAUUUUAGUCUGGACUGAGAAAGGGUGAGAAUGACAAGAAAAGAAACUGAAGAAGAAUAGAGGGAAGUUAAAGAUUCCAAUUGGGACAUUCAUUGCAUUCACAAUGCUCUUCUGUAAUGUUCAAGGGGAUUGCAUAGGGAGGGUGUCCAGAUUCCAGCUUUUCAACUACUUUACUGAGGGCGAUGACGCAUUACCUACCACUAAUAUAUGUACUUAAUGUUAUGCCGAUCUGGAAUGAAAUCAGUCAUCAUAAACUUUGACUUAUAAACAGUGCACUCUGUAAUUAUUGGGACAGAGAAUGGUUUUUUUCUUUUGGCUCUAUUCUCCUAAAAUUUUGAAUUUUAUAUAAAAAAAGUUGCAAUGGGAUUGAAAUAUAGAUUCUCAACAUAUAUUCAGGGUAUCUUUGUUGACCCAUUUACAAAUGACAACACUUUAUACAUAGUUCCCCUAUUUUAGGGCACCAAAAGUACUUGGACAUUUGGCUUAAGAUGUAUUUUUGUUAAUUCAGGUAUUUUCAAGAUUUCUUUUUUUCAGGAAUAACAGAGCUGUUAAUUUGUUGGAUUUGUGUUUGCCUUUGGAGUCUACUAUAGAUGUCAAUCCAUAUGGACACCAAAGAGGUGUCAAUUCAGUAUUUACAGAGUGCACUGUACCUAUAUUUUUAUAACCACAUUUAUAACUACCCCCAUUUUUGUUUCAUAGGCAAGAGAAAAUGUGAAGAUUGUUUGAAGGACUCAACGUUGAUUGGUGUACAUGUUGAUUUAUGUGCAGAGGAUUUAAGAGUUUUCUACUAUGAGCCUUGCCAUUUUAUACAUCACUUGCGACUUUUUGAAGGUGGCCUGUGUCUAUCUGAUGAAGUAGACUAACAUCGUUGCUCCAGAUGGGAAAAGAUCUUAUGUGUUACUUUGAGCAUUUUGUCUCCAUGAAAAUUCUUUGCUUACAAGCACUUUAUUUUUAAUGAGGUAUGAGUACUGUCGUCAUACAUUACUUACAUUACAACUUUGUUACCUGAAUUGCAGUUCAAUAUUUAAAGGCUAUGUAUAAUUGAAGGAUUUCUUUUGAAGGUACCAGUCCUCAUGCUUGUAUUAGUUCAGUUCUUAAGGAUGACUAACUUACUUGACCUGAACAGGCCGUGCAUUUAAGCUAUAUCUUCCACAAUUGAUUGUGGUGGUGUUGUGUCAUUCUUUUCCUUAGCAAUAGGCCUAAUGAUUAAAUAUAAUUUGAAUUAUAUUGUAUUAGUUGUACACUAGCAUUAAAUAUGGAAAGUUUCGUAUAAAACAAAUGGAAAGCACAGAGCGUUGCACUUAACUGUUGAUCUAUUACUGUGGUUCAUUCAUACUGUAGUUUAUAGGUUGCUUUGGUGUUACAGUUACAUGGAGUACACAUGAAUUCAAGUGCAUUAACUGAAGUAAAAUAUGAACGCUGUAAAUGCUGGUCCCAUGUUUCAUGAUCUGGAAAGAUCCCAUACAUUUCCAUAGGCACAAAAAAGUUUUUUCUCCAAAAUGUGUUUACAUCCCUGUUGUUGUACAUUAUUCUUUUGCCAAGAUAAUCCAGAACUAUUUUUGCGUAUUGAGUUAAUAUUUUUUAUAUAGUUUGGGAUUCAUUUGUGAUAAAAUGUUUAAUAGAUUAAAUGCUAUUGUCUUGGCAAAAGCUGAAAAUGUGUCUGAAAUGUGUCUAGAAGGUUCUGUUAUCAAUGAUGCUGGUUGAAAAUCUUAUUUCAAAUGUUUUUGGGAAAGCUUUCACUUUAAGUUUUGACGUGAAUGAUGUGGGAUUGAUUUGAUUUGAUUUAUUUUCUCAUUUGGACUACUGACUGUCAAAUAUAAUUUGCUGGAGAAUAGGCCCUUGUUGAAUUGUUUCAAUUCCAGUAGGGAAAUUGUAAUUUAUUUUCCUUACAUAUGUCAUACUUUGAAAAACUAGACAACAAAAUGUCUAAGAGCCUUAUAAUAGUAUUUGCACUUGGAUUGUCCUUUUUAGCUAGUUUAUUUAGGCAAUUCAUUGUAAAGAACAUUUUAGAGAAGGAACUGCUUGUGGUAAUACCACCUGACCUGCUAAAGCAGUUUUACCUUCAAUAGGAUUCUCAAGCACCAUAAUACUGAUAUUAAAAGUGCAUUGCCAUAACCAAAAUGACAAGGAUGCAGGUUGUUAUUAAAAUUGCUUCAUGGGGCUGUGGAGGUAUGAUGCUGAAAUUCAGAGAAUAAGAAUAGAGGUCGGAUUUUUCCCCCAGAAUGUAUUAUAGUUGAACAGGGAUGCAAGGAUGUUUUUGUAAAAAAUGGUGGACUUCACUUCAACCAUGUGACUAUAGUGCAGGAUGUACUUGUCUGUUCAGUGCCUGUUUUUUGAUUACUUUUUGGUACGUGUUUAUUCAAGCGUUGCUUGAUAGUAAUGUUAUCACCAAGUCUUGCCUAAUUACUUCAAACAUGUUGCGUGUGUCAAUAUAGCUGUGUUCACAGUUCCCUGUUUGUAUUAACUAGCGUGCAAAUUACAAGAUUGUGAAACCAGUUGAAGUUAGCACAGAGCACAUUAAUAAAGCACCCUUGGGUUCCGA